AUGGUCAAAGUCAAGUCUAUCGAGUUUUUCCGAGUAAAGCCCCGCUGGCUGUUUGUCAAAGUCACCGAUGAGGAGGGCCAGUUCGGUUGGGGCGAGGGUACCUUGGAGGGCCACUCCCUGGCGGUUGAAGGCGCAUUGAAUGAACGCAACCGAAGAUAUCAACUGGGUCGACUCCCCUCCGUCCUCGAUUCGACCGUCGAGCGCCUGAAGCAAGUCAAGGCCCUCGGCCUCGACGCCGGUCUCGAUUUCCACGGCCGUCUACACCGGCCAAUGGCAAAGCAGCUGGCCCGGGCUCUAGAGCCCUAUAAGCCCCUUUUCAUCGAAGAGCCUCUACUCUGCGAGCACCCUGAAGCUAUCAAGCAGCUCUCUCAAACCACCACAAUCCCGAUUGCCUUUGGCGAGCGUCUGUUCACCCGAUGGGAUGUAAAGCGAUUCCUCGAGGACUCAUCUGUCGACAUUCUGCAGCCGGAUAUUGCCCAUGCUGGUGGGAUUUCUGAGACUCGCCGAAUUGCCAACCUGGCAGAGGCGUACGAUGUUGGCAUUGCUCCUCAUUGUCCACUCGGUCCUAUCGCUUUCGCCGCCUCCCUCCAGGUGGCAAUCUGUACCCCCAACUUCGUCAUCCAGGAGAUGUCCCUGGGUAUGCACUAUAAUGUGGAGGCUGGAGAUAUCGAUCUGAACAGCUACUUGGUCGACAAGUCUGUGUUUGAGAUCCAAGAGGGCUACGUGCCUGCUCCGACAAAGCCUGGUCUUGGUAUCGAUAUUGAUGAAGAGCUUGUUCGUAAGAUUGCAAAGGAGACCGAUCCAUGGCAGUGCAAGGAGUUUUAUGGCCCUGAUGGUUCGAUCCGUGAGUGGUGA